UGCAGUUUGUAAGUGCACCUGUAGACCGACUCGUUUUUGCUAUUUUUCUUUCAUGGAAUAAUCUCACUUUUCAAAUAAGUUAGGUAAAUACAGACGGCGUCGACACGUGAGAUCAUUAAUAUUUGGUUGUUUAACCACAAAAUUGGUCUAAUUGGUCCCAGAGGUGAGGGGCAACAUUUGCUUUUUUCAAGUCACAUUUAUGGUACUACCUGUUAAUUGUUUAUUAAAAAAAAACUAAAUGUGUUUUUCCUGAGGGUUUUUAAUUGGGCUUUCAAAUAACAUCAAUAUUGGUGGUCAGAAGAAAAGCUUUAUUGUCGCGGGAGGUGCGAUUUCUUUGACGUCAAGUGUAGUUUCCAUUGGAACCAAAGGUUAAAUAAAAUCAAAGGUCAUUAUUAUCUUUUGUCAGUGUAAUGAAUAUUUUCCAUAACGCUUAGGCUGAGUUGCACGACCUAAAUUUGACCGUAACUUUGACGAUAACCGUUGUUUUUUGCGUAGACAUAUCCGGUAUCAAAAUUAUAAUUGCUGACGUCAGCGAUCAGUCGUCGCUGACAAGCAUGUGCAGACAGGCCAAGGUGUUGCUGAACUGCUGCGGGCCUUACCGCCUGUAUGGUGAGCCGGUGGUGCGUGCAGCUCUCGAAGCCAAGACGCACUACGUCGACAUCACUGGCGAGGAAGAUUUUAUGGGAACAAUGCAGAUAAAAUAUGACAAUGAGGCUCGCCAAGCUGGUAUUUACGUAAUUAGUGCAUGCGGUUUUGACAGCAUCCCAAAUGAUAUGGGGGUGAUUUUCUUGGAGAAGAAUUUCCAAGGCACUCUACACUCAGUAGAAUCGUACUUAUCACUCAGCACCGUCAAGGAAUACCAAAAGGAGGCGCGUAAAAGUGGUGUUCUUAACUUUGGAACAUGGGAAUCUUUGGUUUAUGUAUUCGCCAAUUUCACUGAGAUUUUGAAACUGAGAAGUAAACUAUAUCCAAAAAACGAAUCCACCUAUAAGCCAAAACUGAAACAGCGAUAUAUUCAUAAGCAAAAUGGAAAAUGGGCAGUUCCUCUCGUAAGCCCUGAUGGGUCUAUCGUGAAACGCACGCAGCAUCGCCUCUUAGAAACCAAUAACAAACGUCCUGUACAAUUUCAACCUUACAUUGUUCUCCCUAGUAUCUCAUAUGUUUUUCUUCUUGGUAUAAUCACCAUGUUUGUCGGCAUCCUCUCCAAAUUCAAGUAUGGAAGAGCUUUGCUUUUAAACAAACCGGAGUGGUUCUCCCUGGGGCUGGUGUCAAAACAAGGACCAACACAAGCAGUUAUGGACAACACGUGUUUCACUUUUGAAAUGUUUGGACGUGGCUGGGAUAUGGGACAAGAUACUGAAGCUUCUGAACCAAAGAAAACAGUUAUAGCUAAGGUUUCCGCCAUGGACCCUGCUUAUGGAUUCACGUCCUUGGCACUCGUGCAAUCAGCCAUUGCUAUUCUCAAAGAAAAACACAAAAUGCCAUCAACAGGAGGAGUCUUUACGUCGGGCGCUGCUUUUUGGAAGACAAGUCUUGUAGCUAAACUACAAGAAAAUAAUGUUAAAUUCGAAAUAUUUUAUUAAUUUAAGAUUAUCGUGUAAAAUGUAGUCCUUUUACCUUAAUUAUUAUGUUGGUAUUAUUGACUAAUCGGAAUCGGUACGCACUUUGCUUGUUUUUAUCGCCCCAACUCUUAAAUCCGCGACCUUUAAUAUAAUUUAUAAUUCUUCCUUUAAUACGUAAAUUAAAGGUAUUUAUAAUGC